AAGGGCUCCACUCCACUUUGACUCGAAAUUGAAUUGAAUUGAAUUUUUCUUUCCAACAAAAAGAAAGGAGAUUGAAAUUGACGCCAAAAUUCAAUUCAUCUAUCCUCGCUCUCUCGAGCUCGACCGCGCGCUUCUCAUGGAGGAGGAACCGACCUUCGACACCGAUCUCAUCCACGCCAUUUUCAAGAAUAUCUGGACCCGACGUGCUCUCGAGCGUGCACGGAAUGAAGCGGAUGACGCAGUGGACGGUGAGCAAGCAGGAGCUGGGACAACCAAGAAGAAUCGACUGACUUCUGCUAACGUUAACGCAUUGAAGCUGAGCUGUGAACUUCUGCGGCUCUUUGUCACAGAGGCUGUUCAACGUGCUGCUACAAUAGCCGAAGCAGAGGGCGCUACUAAGAUCGAAGCAACCCAUCUGGAGAGGAUUCUUCCACAGUUACUCCUUGAUUUUUAAGAGUUUCCAUAGAAGAUGUUCCCUCCCUUGGCCUUAUCAGAUAUUGUACAAAGACCGACUCUGUGAGCAUGUCUACUCUAUCAGUAUAUGUGAAUUGAUAUUCAGUGUGAAAAAUUUUCAAGUAUUUUUCCUCUGAUGGACACUGUAAUCAAAUUCGAUGAAGUAAAAGACAACUUUCCUUGCUAAUCUAUGAUAUCGUUUUCCUGAUCUAUGAAGAUUUCACCUGUGUCUGAUUGAGAGCUGAAUCAGUAACACAAUUACUUCUAUUAAUUUGCAGAUGCUGGUAAACUUAUAGGUUUGUCUUGCCAUUUCCUAUAGAAUGACCAUGAUUAUCUGAUAUGCAUAUUAAAAGGAUUUUGCAGCAACAACAAUUAGGAAGAUGAUAUCAUAUCAUACAUCGGGUUUUUUUGACAGUUAUUUUAUAGACAUCUUAAUUCUUAUACACCGAAGGAGGGAAAAAAAAAAAGACAUCUUACAUGCUUAGAGUUCAUCUAAUUGACAAUACAAAUUCCAUUGGCAAUAUAUGAUUAUGUGCUCUGAGCUCUCAUCUUUAGCACGAUGUCAGUGCUUGAUCUGGGACAGCAUGCAUCUGACGUCCUUACUGUUGGGCCUUUGGUCCGCUGAUGAGGUCUUCACCGCCCACCAGGACUGUGAGAUCAGCGUGUGGGGGGUGGUGGCCCGGCCUCGUCGAGGUGGCACCGCCUCCAGCAGACGCUCCCCACCUUCACAGACCAGCUGCUUCCCUGAGGAACUAUGUCAUUGUCAGGCGGCAUAGGAAGCGGCUGUGGAUCGAGCACUGUGAUGCUGUGUGGGGGCUGGCAGUGAGCCGUCUUGAAGGACUAAUGUACUCAGUCUUGUGGGACCAGAGCCUCGAGAAAUUGAACACAAUGGAUUGCACGAGGUGCUUAGAGUCCAUGAAAGCGCAUGAGGAUGCCAUUAACGCAAUAGUUGCAUGGUAUCCCGUAUACACGGGUUCCGCCGAUGUCCUUAUAGAGUACGGGUGAAAAACAGCACUACGAGAAGGUGCAGACUUCUGAACACACUCGAGAAAGCACACAUCAUCAGUCAAUGGGCUUACACUGAACAAUGAUGAAUCAGUCCUGUUCUCCGGCAGCAGCAAUCAUCAGAUCAUGGUAUCGUAGAGAGACGAUGACACCGACCAGAUGGCUUUCCUCGAGGCAGUGGUGCUUUGUUAAUGAGUGGAUCAUCGGAUCGGACUGUCAAGAUGUGGCGACGCCAUGACAAAUGCAUGUACUGUGAUCUCUUUACUGCAGACUGAUCACCAAAGGAAUAACAUUCACCAAGAAAUUCCCCAUCUGUUCAAUUUUUUUUUAUUCCUUUACUAUAAUCUAUAAUUUUUAAAAUUAUUACCUUUGUUAUA